AUGGAACCCAGACAGUUUCAUCAUACUACUUCACAAGCUGGAUUUUCUGGCUUUGUCUUAAUGUGUUUAAUGAUCUGUACAUCAAAUGGAUUCUCCCAAGACAAAGUUAACGUUCUAUUUAUAGUAGCAGACGAUCUGAGACCUGCGCUAGGCAGCUAUGGGAAUACUGUGGUACAAACUCCGAACCUUGACAAGCUUGCACAGCGUUCGAUUCGCUUUACCACAGCUGCUUCGCAGCAAGCUGUCUGUGCUCCGAGCCGAAUCUCAUUCCUUACUGGCAGGAGGCCAGACACAACGAAGCUACUGGGCAACAAGGGGGCUAUCUAUUGGAGGGUGAACGCAGGAAAUUUCACCUCUUUACCACAACAUUUCAAGGAUGCUGGUUAUUUUACCGCUUCUGCAGGAAAAGUUUUUCAUCCAGGGAGAGCAUCAAACUUCACUGAUGACUAUCCAUAUAGUUGGUCCAUUCCACCUUAUCAUGCCUCAACGCAUGCUUACAAAAAUGCAGCGGUGUGUCCAGGUGUAGACGGUAAACUACACGUCAACAUUGUAUGUCCAGUUGAUAUUAAAAAGCAACCAGAGAAAACACUGCCAGACAUUCAGAGCACUCAGUUUGCUUUAAAUUUCUUAAAAAAUUACACAACUUCAAAAAACAGCAAUCAACCAUUUUUCCUGGCUGUUGGCUACCACAAGCCACACAUCCCUCUGAAAUUUCCCAAACAAUUCCUUGACUUGUACCCCAUAGAGAAGAUCCAAGUGGCAGCAGACCCUUUACUUCCCUUUCACUUACCGCCAGUGGCUUAUGAACCAUGGACUGACCUGCGAUGGAGAGAUGACAUUGCAGCACUAAAUCUGAGUUUUCCCUAUGAACGCAUGCCAGAUUUUUAUGCGAAAAGGAUCAUUCAAAGCUAUUAUGCUGCAACAACUUACAUGGACAGUCUAGUCGGACAGUUACUGAUAGCUUUAGAUGAGUAUGGCCUUGCAAGCAAUACAAUUGUGAGCUUUGUGGGAGAUCAUGGUUGGGCAUUAGGCGAACACCAAGAGUGGUCAAAAUUCAGUAACUUCAGAGUAGCCACUAAUGUGCCUCUUGUGAUCCAUGUACCUGGUGUAACAGAUAACAGAGACCAUGGAGGCUCAGGAAUUGUAUCUGAUGCACUUGUAGAAUUAGUGGACUUAUUUCCAACUCUUGCAGAACUGGCUGCACUAAAAGUGCCAGAUCUAUGCCCAGAUGACUCUUCAAACAUCACUUUGUGUUCAGAGGGUCUCAGUUUUGCUCCUCUUUUGAAGAAUUUAAGCUUGCCCUGGAAAAAGGCUAUCUUCAGUCAAUAUCCAAGACCAUCAGAUGAACCACAAGAAAACACCUGUGAGCCUCUGCCUUCUGAGAUGACAAUUAUGGGAUACUCCAUGCAGACAAGUCGUUAUCAUUACACUGAGUGGAUACAAUAUGAACAUAAAACACAGAAGGGGAACUGGUCAAAUAUACAUGCCAGGGAAUUGUAUAUAGAUCCAAGGGAUGACCGAAAUGUAGCAUCCUUGCCUGAUUUUUCAGAUCUUGUCCAGGAGUUGUCAAAUCAACUGAGGAAAGGCUGGAGAAAUGCCUUGCCAGAAAACAAUUAUGUUCAUGUGUAAAUCACACAUAAUUUCAUUAAUCUACACAUCUUUUUGGCUGGUUUAAAGCCUGGUUUUCUCAUGUAGGGAGAAUCCCAGAUGAUCAGUAAUCCCACUGUUUCCCAACUCUUCUAGAUUUUGCCAAUAUGUGGAAAGAUUGCCAGAUUCCUCUGCAUGCAUUUUUUGUGACUCGGGGUGCUGCAGCUAUACAACCGAAGUCCUAGAAAUCUGGAGCAUAUUGGGAAAAUAGAAAUAUGACAUAAAUUAUGAAAACCAGGGCUUAAACCAAGCCAUAACAUUUUUCUCUUAUCCCAAAUUGAAACUUUGAUUACAGUAAGCAUCCUCCAGCCAGCAAUGUUUUAUAAAAUAAAGCUUUUUGUAUUCUCAGACAAACUAGUUACAACCAGAGAAAUUAAAGUUCAUUUUUAUAAAUUCAAAUUUACAUUUAUCAUAAGCAUUUCAAAAUCAUUCACUUUUCUCAGGAAUUAUUAAUUACAAGGGGAUAAAAUUUUACAUAAAUUAUAUUGUUUUAUUACAAAAUGGAAAAUUGAGAUUUUUUUAAUGUACUGAAAGUCAUUGAAUUCAUAAAAGUGUGCAUUUUUUUAAAAAAAAGAUAGUUGCUAAACUUCAAGUUGAUCAACAAUCAAGUUUAAAUUAAGGAAAAGUUUAUUUGCGGCAAUCAAAAGCCAAUAUUAUUGAAAGCACUAUUAAGACUGAGUUGGAAAUGUAUGCAACAAUGUAAUUCAACAAGGUCAUUAGUUUCUAAAGAAACUGUUUUACUGUGUUGACAUGAAAAAAUUGAAACAAUUUCAAGGUUAUCAACACAAUUACCUGCUGAUAAAGGUCUGUAAACUGCCACAGCAAAUGUUUAAAAGCUGAUUACUGUAUUCUUGCUUUUCAUGCAAGCAGAAUGACUCUGGGGUAAACAAAAAGCUUUUUUUGGCAUGGAAAGUCUGUUAGACAAACUAAGACCAUACAUUAGCCCUGGGUCAGAGCAAAUUUGCUUGAAAGGAUAUGGGCCAAUGCUUAAAAUGUCAGCUUUUUAAAAUUUGCCAUAGCAGUUUAUCCACCUUCUUGAUAAGCUCACAGUCAAUAACCUUCUAAUUGUAAACAAAGUAGAUCAUCUUACAUAAGAAUGAUAAGAAUGUUGCAACCAUGUACUGGAUAAUGAUUUAUAUACACAGAGAGUAGUUUGUAACAUACUGUCAAAGCAAUGUUUGAAAUAAAGGAGAAAUAGCUAUUCACAGCUUAAUAAAUACAAAUGCAGUGG